ACCCUGAACUGGUCGCCAGUCAAUCUCAGGGGCAGAUGGAAUCAAACAGCCGCACUCACAAUCACACCUAUGGGCAAUUUUAGAGUGUCCAAUGAAUGUUGCAUGUUUUUGGGAUGUGGGAGGAAAUCGGAGUGCCCACCCGGAGAAAAUCCACACAGGCACGGGGAGAACAUGCAAACUCCGCUCAGGCGGGUCCGGGAUCGAACCUGGGACCUCAGAACAGUCAGGCUAUUAGGUACACACGAUCUCUAAUAAUGCACUGAGUGACACCUUGAAAUAUAAGGAUAAUUUGUCACCAUGCUCACAACUCAAAGCACCCAUCUUUUUUUCUUUAUUUUGCAUGAAAAAAUACCACUCUGUAAUAAUGUGCAUAAAAAAAAAAAACAGUCUAGUGACAUCAUUCAACUGAAUUAGAAAAAAAUAUUAAAAAAAAAAAAAAUGUCACUUUCGCCUUCAAUUGUGUCACUCAUUCUGGUGUCGCUGCUUUGGCCAUCGGGGGCAGUAUACGACAGAAGUAGGAAUACACAGUACCGGGUGGAGGCUCUGCUCAUCUGAGCAUUGUUUUAAGGUCUGUCUACAUGUGUUGCAGCACUCUUUGUGUUCGCAGAUUUUUUUUUUUUUUUUUUUUGCCCAAAGGGUAACAACACCCGCACGCACGCAUGUGUAAAUGCUAACUGUUAGCGCCAUGUACCGGUGGUUUUAUUUUACACACACACUGCGUCAACUGACCCAAUUUCACCAACUGCAAUUAAUUUUUUUCACGCUUUUUUAUUUCAUGUCAACAUUUUUUAAAACACGAUUCAAAUACGUGCCGCGCGCAUUAGCGAAACGUUUGAGUGGGGCAGGUGUGCCUAAUAAAGUGACCAGGUUGCUUGUCAAAAGCAUUUUUCUUCCCCCCCCGCAUCAACUUUUAAUGAGCCCGAGGCCGACGUUUCAGCCCAAGUGCACGCAGUCAAGUGUUGUUGGCGAUUGCAGUUUCCAGAUGAAGACCCCAAGCCCCCUUCCUCACCUUCCUCCGCACGUCCUCUGACGGUGUGCAGCAACAAGAGCGCCCCCUGCAGGAAAGCCAUCCGGGCGAGUCUCUUUCCCCGGAUCCCCCGUAAAAGGAGAACGGGAUGUCGGUCUCGACGGAUUUCGCUUCCCUCAUUCCGGGGACCCUGAGCCCAGCGUCCCCGUUCGAGCUCCUGCCCCCGCCCGCCACGGUGGGGUUCCUCAAGUUGUCUCGUCCGUGCUGUUACGCCUUCCCGGCCGGCCGCGGGGACUGCGCUUUCUUCGCGGUCAACGGCUUCACGAUGCUGGUGGACGGCGGCUCGGAUCCGCGGGCUUGCUUCUGGAAGCUGGUGCGCCACCUGGACCGCGUGGACGCCCUGCUGCUGACCCACGCCGGCGCCGACAACCUGGCCGGCGUCAACAGUUUCCUGGAGAGGAAAGUGGCCGAGACGGAGUUGAACACGCUGGGGGACGAGGGCUCCGAGAGGCUCAUCUCCCCGGAGCUCGGGGUGGUCUUCUUUAACCCCCCUGGCCGGUUGCAGGUGGAGCGCCCGCCAAGUCCGGACGAUGUAGAGAAGGAUGCAGACCAGGCGGCUCAAACUGUACGCUUGUUAAAAAAGUUAAACAUCCAACCCCAGCCGAUGUCUCGACCGUCGGUGGUCCCCCCCGAGCCAAUCACCUUGUUCCAAAAAAUGGGCGUGGGACAGCUGCACCUGUACAUCCUCACCCCAGCCCAAAACAGUCAGGACUACCAGACGUUCAUGCGAGAACUGCCCGACCCCGCGUCCCCACAAGGGUCCUCGGUGUCCGCUCUCCUCGUGUGGCACCCGGCCUGCCCCCAGGAGAAGGUGGUCCGGGUUCUGUUCCCCGGCACCACGACGCAGUCCAAACUGCUGCAAGGCCUGGAGAAGCUCAAGAGCUUGGCCUUCCUCCAGAACCCCACCGUGACCACCGGGGACCUCGAGGGGAUGGGGGUAAACGGGACCAAAAGAGAAGAGAGCCAGGAGAGCGUUCGCUCUCAAGGGAAGGAACUGACCUCCAAACCGGGAAAAGACGCAAAGGACAAGGGGAAACUAUCCAUCAUCACCAAGAAUGGCUCCAAAAAAGCUAGCGCCAAGGAUGCUAGAAAGAACGGAAAGCCGGGUUGCAAGGACGAAAAUGUCUUAUUGAGGAAUGGCGUCGGCAAGAAGGAAAGCCCCAUGUCCAAACCAAAGAACGACAACAAAAUGAAACUGAAAAAAGACGCCAAAAACGACUCCAAAACGUGGCCCAAAAAGACAAAGAAGACACCCGGGAAGGAUGGCAAGAACGUAGAAUUGCGAUUUAGCAAUCCCGUGAGGCCAAGCAAUGAGGCCACACUCAAGCCGGGGGAGAACGAUCCCCCCUGUGCCUCCAAAAAUAUGACUCCUGAUUUCCUCCAACGUCAGGGGGAGAUGGAAAAAGAACAGGCAGAUGUGCCGGAUGGGGAAAAAAAGACCGUUGCCGAGCCACAGAAGGGGGCCGCGGAAAGACCAGGAGAAGGUGCGGAUUCCGCAGACCAGCUUGGAGUUACCCGCAAACCGGCAAAAGUAGUGGGCUUUCCGUCCCCGUUGAAGCAGACGCCCAAGAACGAGGUCGAGAUGGACUUGACUCCAACUGAGUACACCCUCCUGGACGGGGCUUUGAGAAACAGCCCGCCCUCGCGAUCGUCCCCGGAUAACCAGGCCACGUCGGAGGAGAGGACCGUAGAGCGGACCUCCCCGGAUUCCAGGCCCAACAGUGCAGGCCACACUCCUUACUGCCUGUCUCCGGAUGACGUGUGGGGCAACAGAGACACCCUCAGCAGGCUGCAGGCGGAGGAACUGGCAGAGGUCGCCCAAGCCAAUGUUUCGUCCAGGCCGGCACUAACCAACUCCAGAGAGAAACAGCUGACUUUCCUCUCUCUAAGCACCUUGAAGGACAGAGCCUCUGACAUGUCCCCCUCCGUGGCCAACACCACCACCUCGACGCACUCCUUGCCGGCAGAGGUGAGCUCGCCUCAAUCCACCGAAGUGGACGAGUCCCUCUCCAUGUCUUUGGAGCACGGGCCCGCCUCGGGGAGUCAGCGGGAGGCGGACGACAACGGCCAUCAUCCCAACGGAGGCCACGUGGGCGGGUUGUCCACGAAGUCCUUCAGGUGUUCGGCGUCAGAAAUGGGGCGGCCUCUGGUUCCCGGCGCCUCGCCCUUUGAGACGCCGACUCACGACGUGGACCUAUGUCUGGUUUCCCCUUGCGAGUUCAAGCACUUCAAGCUGCCAGACUUCGGCACCCACAAGCCCGCCGCCAAGGACACGACACCCAGCGAAUCAAACGCCCCCGUCUUCACGGAGGAGUGCCCGUCCACCGUGGCCGACGGAGUCCUGGACUCCGACGAGGACGCGUCCUGCGGCAUCCCGGCAAACCUCCACGGCUGUCAGACUUUACCCCGUGACCCGCUUCCCACCCAACUCCGGGACAGCCCGCCGCCGUCUCCGCGUCCCGACACCACCAUGCCUGUACCGCAGUCGGACGCCGGUGCUCGAGGAAAGAAAAUAAAAACCGGUGGUGUGCGAGGGAAAAUAUCCGGGGUGACGGAUGCCUCCCCGAAGCUGAACCCGGGGAAAAUCCGAACGGGAGUCGCUCUCGCAAAAGCUGAAAAGAACGCCUCGUCGUCCCAUCUGGCGAAAUCGUCACCGAGCGAGUCCCGUCCUCCGUCCUCCUCCUCCGGGGACACGGGCGUCUUCGUGGAUCUGGCCUACGUCCCCUCCGGAGCGUCGUCGUCCACCGUGGGCGUGGAUUUCUUCAAGAGCGUCCGCUCGUCCUGCUACGUGCUCAGCGGCGACUGCCCCGAGAGGGAAGCGCUCAUGCGGCAGACGUUGGACGCGCUGCUGCACGCCAAGACGAGCUGGGGCCACGCCACGCAGGUGACGCUGAUCCCCACCUUCGAGUCGCCAUCCAUGCAAGACUGGUACCAGCAGACACUGGAGCGCCAGAAGGAGCUGGGCGUGCUGGUCCUGGGCUCCAACAGCACCGUGGCCAUGCAGGACGACACCUUCCCGGCCUGCAAGGUCCAGUUCUGAACGGACGCCGACCGCCGGCAUACGGAAAGACCAGAACGCAGAAGCUCUCGUCCUCGCGCUGCUCAACAGAAGAGUAACACGUCAACAGGAAAACGGAUCUCUGAUGAACUGACGUGCGUUGGAACCAGGGCCCGACCCGUUGACGAGCCGGACAAUUCGAUUGGCCGACGUUCGCCCUUUUGAAACAAAACAUCGCGACAUACACGUUAAACCUUUUGAAAAAAAUGAAAAAGAAAAAAAUAUGGCCUCCCUCCGGAGUUGAACUUCCUGUCUGUGCGUCAAAUAUUCAAAAAUGCAACUUUGUCACCGAUGACGUGAUUUCACAUCUCAUAGAAGGAUCGUUGGAUUUUAUUUUCCAUUUUACGAAAAUGUUGGAGUAGAAGAAAUGUGAUUUUAUGUAUGUUCAUUUUUGCCAGUAACUUGACUCAUGUUGCAAUCUAAAAAGAAAAAUGUAUCGGUUAAUGCUUUUUCGCAAGUUAGUGGAUGUGAAAAUGACUCUGUAAAAUUAUUCAAAUAGUAAAGUAUUUUAAAACAGUCCAAUGUUGUGCUUGUAAUUUAUAUAACUGUUGUCAGCAUUGCAGUCAUUCAUAUUU